AUGGACAAGACCAUGUUUUUAGAUAUCGUGCGUGACAUUGAAGCAAACUUCCCGUAUUUCCAAGAAGGUUACGAUGCAAGAAAAAGAAAAAGUUUUAUGGCGAUACAAAAAUGCACAUCCGCCGUUAGGCAACUAGUGACGGGUAACGCGCCAGACUGGUACGACGAGUACUUGUGCAUGGCCGCCAGAACCGCACGCGAGAUCCUUGAUUAUUUUUGUGACGCCAUCAUUCGGUUGUAUAGCAGAGAGUACCUACGCAGGCCGACGUCACACGACGUUGCACGCAUCUUCGAGGCCCACGAGCUUCGACAUCAUUUGCCGGGGAUGCUUGGUAGCAUCGAUUGCACACACGUCGAUUGGUCGGCAUGUCCUAGAUGUUUGAGAGGGCAAUACACGAGGGGUGACCACAAGGGUCCAACUAUUAUGCUUGAAAUCACCGCGUCACAAGAUUUGUGGAUUUGGCAUGCUUUUUUCGGUGUCCCAGGGUCGAACAACGACAUCAACGUGUUGAAUACAUCCGAUUUGUAG